AGUUCUGGACACUGGGGGAGAGUGGAGCGACAUGAGUGACUCCAAGGAACCAAGACUGCAGCAGCUGGGCCUCCUGGAGGAGGAACAGCUGAGAGGCCUUGGAUUCCGACAGACUCGAGGCUACAAGAGCUUAGCAGGGUGUCUUGGCCAUGGUCCCCUGGUGCUGCAACUCCUCUCCUUCACGCUCUUGGCUGCGCUCCUUGUCCAAGUGUCCAAGGUCCCCAGCUCCAUAAGUCAGGAACAAUCCAGGCAAGACGUGAUCUACCAGAACCUGACCCAGUUUAAAGCUGCAGUGGGUGAGCUCUCAGAGAAAUCCAAGCUGCAGGAGAUCUACCAGGAGCUGACCCAGCUGAAGGCUGCAGUGGGUGAGCUUCCAGAGAAAUCUAAGCAGCAGGAGAUCUACCAGGAGCUGACCUGGCUGAAGGCUGCAGUGGGUGAGCUUCCAGAGAAAUCUAAGCAGCAGGAGAUCUACCAGGAGCUGACCCGGCUGAAGGCUGCAGUGGGUGAGCUUCCAGAGAAAUCUAAGCAGCAGGAGAUCUACCAGGAGCUGAGCCAGCUGAAGGCUGCAGUGGGUGAGCUUCCAGAAAAAUCUAAGCAGCAGGAGAUCUACCAGGAGCUGAGCCAGCUGAAGGCUGCAGUGGGUGAGCUUCCAGAGAAAUCUAAGCAGCAGGAGAUCUACCAGGAGCUGACCCAGCUGAAGGCUGCAGUGGGUGAGCUUCCAGAGAAAUCUAAGCAGCAGGAGAUCUACCAGGAGCUGAGCCAGCUGAAGGCUGCAGUGGGUGAGCUUCCAGAGAAAUCUAAGCAUCAGGAGAUCUACCAGGAGCUGACCCAGCUGAAGGCUGCAGUGGAACGCCUGUGCCGCCGCUGCCCCUGGGAAUGGACAUUCUUCCAAGGAAACUGUUACUUCAUGUCUAACUCCCAGCGGAACUGGCACGACUCCAUCACCGCCUGCCAAGAAGUGGGGGCCCAGCUCGUCGUAAUCAAAAGUGCUGAGGAGCAGAACUUCCUACAGCUGCAGUCUUCCAGAAGUAACCGCUUCACCUGGAUGGGACUUUCAGAUCUAAAUCAUGAAGGCACGUGGCAAUGGGUGGACGGCUCACCUCUGUUGCCCAGCUUCGAGCAGUAUUGGAACAGAGGAGAGCCCAACAACGUUGGGGAGGAAGACUGCGCGGAAUUUAGUGGCAAUGGCUGGAACGAUGACAAAUGUAAUCUUGCCAAAUUCUGGAUCUGCAAAAAGUCUGCAGCCUCCUGCUCCAGGGAUGAAGAACAGUUUCUUUCUCCAGCCUCUGCCACCCCAAACCCCCCUCCUGCGUAGCAGAACUUCACCCCCUUUUAAGCUACAGUUCCUUCUCUCCGUCCUUCGACCUUCACAAAAUCUCUGGGACUGUUCUCUGUCAGAUUCUUCCUCCUUUAGAAGGCUGGGUCCCAUUCUGUCCUUCUUGUCAUGCCUCCAAGUUCCCCUGGUGUAGAGCUUGUUUUUCUGGCCCAUCCUUGGAGCUUUAUGAGUGAGCUGGUGUGGGAUGCCUUUGGGGGUGGACUUGUGUUCCAAGAAUCCACUCUCUCUUCCUUUUGGAGAUUAGGAUAUUUGGGUUGCCAUGUGUAGCUGCCAUGUCCCCUGGGGUGUUAUCUCAUACAUGCAAACCUACCAUCUGGUCAACUUCCACCUACCACCUCCUGCACCCCUUUGAUCGGGGACUUACUGGUUGCAAGAGCUCAUUUUGCAGGCUGGAAGCACCAGGGAAUUAAUUCCCCAGUUACCAAUGGCACCCAGAGAGGGCAUGGAGGCUCCACGCAACCCCUUCCACCCCCACAUCUUCCUUUGUCUUAUACAUGGCUUCCAUUUGGCUGUUUCUAAGUUGUAUUCUUUAUUUUAUUAUUAUUAUUAUUACUAUUUUUCGAGAUGGAGUUUCACUCUUGUUGCUCAGGCUGGAGUGCCAUGGUGCGAUCUUGGCUCACUGCAACCUCUGCUUCCCGGGUUCAAGUGAUUCUCCUGCCUCAGCCUCACGAGUAGCUGGAAUUACAGGCAGGCGCCACCAGGCCCGGCUAAUUUUUUGUAUUUUUAGUACAGACGGGGUUUCUCCGUGUUGGUCAGCCUGGUCUUGAACUCCCGACCUCAGAUGAUCUGCCCGCCUCGGCCUCCCGAAGUGCUGGGAUUACAGGUGUGAGCCACCGCGCCUGGCCUAUUAUUUUUUGUAAGAGUAAAACAGGUUUAUUUGGAUUUGGGACUCUGAACAGUUCUGUCUCUACUACCCGAUCUCCUCCUACCACAACUUUGGGAUCUAGAGAAACUUUGGCUCCGGCUGUGACGGCUCCGGCGGUUCUCACUCAGGCUGCACCGGCCCCCGCUGCGGUCACUAUUUCUUCCUCUACUUGGUGAAUUGUGCCUCUCCUGGCUCUUUGACAUGUGCUAGUGAGAUUUCUUCCUUUUCCUUUCAGAUUCCCCAUUUCUUUUGUAGGAAUGGUCUGGACUAGGUUUCUCCUUCCCCGCAG